AUGAUUCCACCCUCUGCAACAAGCCCUAUCAGCGAUGCUGCACUCUUGUCCAGUGUGGCUUCUCAGGAAAUCUGGAGGUCACAAGUUCCAGGCUAUUCUGGGUCGGUCACACGGCACAUAAGUCAUCGGGCCAACAACUUCAAGAGACAUCCAAAACGGAGAAAACACAUCCACCCUUCACCACCGCCACCGCCAAAUACUCCAUGUCCUAUUGAUUUGAUUGACUUUGUGGAUCGCCAGCCUCAGAGGUCUUUCCUAGAACUCCUGUUUAAUGGGUGCAUUCUCUUUGGGCUUGAGUUCAGCUAUGCCAUGGAAACAGCCUAUGUUACCCCUGUGCUGCUUCAGAUGGGGCUUCCAGACCAACUUUAUGGAAUGGUGUGGUUCAUCAGCCCUAUACUAGGAUUCCUGCUACAGCCUUUGCUGGGGGCCUGGAGUGACAGAUGCACAUCAAGAUUCGGGAGGAGAAGACCUUUCAUUCUGGUCUUAGCAGUAGGAGCGUUGCUUGGGCUCACCCUUAUGCUGAAUGGCAAAGAUAUAGGGAGUGCCUUGUCUGACACUCCGACUAACCAUAAAUGGGGGAUCAUUCUUACGGUGUGUGGUGUUGUCCUCAUGGACUUCAGCGCAGAUUCAGCAGACAAUCCCAGUCAUGCCUACAUGAUGGAUGUAUGCAGCCCAGUGGAUCAGGACAGGGGCCUCAACAUCCAUGCUUUAUUAGCAGGUCUUGGAGGUGGCUUUGGUUAUGUUGUUGGAGGAAUACACUGGGAUAAAACCAGUUUUGGAAAAGCUGUGGGAGGGCAACUUCGUGUCAUCUAUGUCUUCACCUCAGUUACACUGACUAUCACUACUGUACUGACUCUAAUUAGCAUUCCAGAAAGACCCUUAAGGUCCUUUAGCAGGAAGAAAAAGGUGAUGAAGAGUCCAAGUCUUCCUCUCCCUCCUUCUCCACCUUUUUUAUUUGAGGAGGGUGUAAAUGAAAACUUUGCUUCUCAUAAUGCAGCUGACUUGUAUGAAAGUUUUACGAGUCCUGUUUCCCCCUUCAGCCCACUCACACCCAAAUAUGGCAGUUUUGUCAGCAGAGACAAUUCCUUGACAGGAAUUAAUGAGUUUGCAUCAUCAUUCGGGACUUCACAUAUUGACAGUGUGCUUAUAGACUGUUUUACAGGCGGGCACAGUAGUUACUUAGCACUUCCAGCUAGCUUGCCAAGGCAGUCUGUCAGCGUCAGCUUUCCUCGGGUGCCUGACAGCUGUUACCAAGAAAAUGGAGUUCUGGAGCAAGGCGAGAGCAGCGCGAUGCCAAGGCCUGACGGUGAGGCACUGAGAGUGGGCUCACUGGAUGCAGUUAAGCCACGGUCGUCAGGGAUCCUGAAAAGACCUCAGACCUUGGCCAUUCCAGAUAUUGUAACGGGACACUGUCCAGAAAAUAGCAGAAGAAGAAAUGUAACCUUCAGCCAACAGGUUGCGAAUAUCUUGCUGAAUGGUGUUAAAUAUGAGAGCGAGCUGAACGGAUCAGGCGAGACCUCCGAGCAUCCACUCUCCAUGAAAGCGCUUUGUUCGACCAUCUGCCAGAUGCCCAAGGCUCUUCGUAACCUCUGCAUCAACCACUUCCUAGGAUGGCUUUCUUUUGAGGGUAUGUUGCUCUUCUAUACUGACUUCAUGGGAGAAGUAGUGUUUCGAGGGAAUCCAAAAGCACCUCACAACUCAGAUGAGUAUCAGAAGUACAACGCUGGGGUCACCAUGGGCUGCUGGGGAAUGUGCAUCUAUGCAUUCAGUGCUGCUUUCUAUUCAGUGUCCUUUGUGGCAUAUUUGGCAUUUGGGCUGGGCACGGGGCUGGCCACACUCUCCAGAAACGUGUAUGUGGUGCUGUCGCUAUGCACUACCUAUGGCAUCCUCUUCGCCACACUCUGCACGCUGCCCUACUCCCUGCUCUGUGACUACUACCAGAGCCGUGAGUUCGUAGGCUCACAUGCGGAGGGCACUCGGCGUGGGAUGGGCGUUGACAUCUCCUUGCUGAGCUGCCAGUACUUCUUGGCACAGAUCCUUGUGGCCCUGGCCAUGGGGCCGCUGACAGCAGCUGUGGGCAGCUCCAGUGGCGCCAUGUACUUUGCCAGCCUGAUGUCCUUCCUGGGCUGUCUCUUCUCCUCCCUCUGUGUCACCUACGAGUCUCCACCUACUGAGGAGCUGCCACCCACCGAGGAGCAGCGCCCGCUCUUGCCUCGUGCGCGGAACCAGUAAAUGGAGAAG